AGUAGGAUAGAAAAUUAUUUGCUACUUUUAAUUACAAAUCUCUCUCUUGAUACUGUAAGCUACUUAAUAUUUUUAUUUUCAAUUAUAAAUUAAUGUUAAAAAAAUUAAAUAUUUAAAUCUUGCCGAAAGAGAUUUGUAUUUAAAUAGAGCAGUGGCGAUAUUUUUUUUUUUUUUUUAUAAUCAUAUUUAUAUAUAAUUUUUUUGUUUGUUUAUUUUCAAUUAUUUAUGUAACCAGGUAAGUUUAAUCACCUCCUCAAUCUGGAUAUUCAUUUUAAAUCGCCACAAUUACAUUUUACAAUUUCAAAAAAGGGCAUAAUCGAAUUAUUAGGUUGGAUCAGGCAAUCUUAAUUGUUUAGCAAAGAGAAAUUAUUUCAGUAUUCUUCUUUGCUUUGUGCUUACAGAUCUCUGCGUCACGUCAGUCUCGGAUUAUUAGUAUGCGCAACUCUCAUUGCUUGACCAUGAACAUGGUUGGCCAUAUCAAUUUUCAGACAUAAACUGAAAUUCAUAAAAUUCUCAAUGUAGGCUUAAAAGUCCAGUCAUGCAUGAUUGAAAAUAUAUGUUUAUACAUGUAUCGAAAAAUGACUUGAAUUUGUUUGAAUUUAUUUGUUUAAAUGUCUGAACUUGAGCUCAAAUAUUUUAGGGAAUAUAUUUUUAAAAAAUAUUUAUUUUAUUGUUAUUUUUUUCUAAGUACCAUGAUUAAUAAAUAGACAACUAUUUUUAUUCAAACUGGUUGUCAGUAGACUAAUGUAAUACUGAAAAUUUAUUACUUUUUUUCAAACAUAUUCGGACAUUUUCUGGAUCUUAAUGUAAAGAGCAUUACAAAAAUAAUUUGUUUGGUCUCUUAAAUAUCAUACAAUUUAUAAACAUAGUAUAUUAAUCUAUACAUGAUGAUUUUUAAAAGAAUUACUUAAUCUCAAAUUUCUUCCCUUUGAGACAAGCAUCUUAUCAAAGCGUCAUUUUUGUUUAUUUCUGUUUCAGAAACAUUAUUCCAGCUGUAUUGGUAGUGAUUGAUGCAUAUAUUAUUUUCUUUUGAUUAUACUCAAAAUAACAUUAUGCAUCUAAAAGUAUAAUGUGUGAGAAUAGAGUUUAUUUGACCUUAAUGAACUUUAAAUAAAGUCUGUAAAUAAUUUUUUUCUUUGAUUACUUGAAAUGUACAAGUAUUAAUCUCAAUUUAAUACUAUAAAUUUCAAUGUUUCUUAUGAAGAAUUUCUCUUUUCUACCCAUUUUAUAUAGGUAUUAUCUUAUGAGAUUGUUUUAAUUUAUUUGAGCUUUCAGUUCCAUGUGGAUACCUCAUCAUGGAAAUGCUGAGUGGCAUCAUUUUGACCUAUUAACCAUGAACCAAUCAUGUUAUAUUGAUUUAGUUUUUAACUGUCCUUGUGCCAGAAAACUAAACACAUGAUUCUGGUUCCAAGCAAUGCAAAGAUCAUUACUAGAAUUCUUGUUCAGAGUUUUUAAAUGGUCCUAUUUAUGACCUCAAUCAAACAGGACAAGUAGUAGCAGGACCUGGUGCAAAAUUCAUGUCACUACCUGGAAUUUUAGGCGCUGGCCUACCAAAAAUAUCAUCAGAACAGCAAGAAACUGUAACAAGAGCUAAGAAAUAUGCAAUGGAACAAAGUAUUAAAAUGGUCUUAAUGAAACAAACUUUAGCACACCAACAGCAGCAAAUGGCUAGUCAAAGGAAUCAGGUUCAAAGACAGCAGGCUCUAGCUCUGAUGUGCAGAGUUUACGUUGGAAGCAUAAGUUUUGAGUUGAAAGAGGACACCAUUAGGCAGGCGUUUCUUCCUUUUGGACCAAUCAAGUCUAUCAACAUGUCAUGGGAUCCAAUUACUCAAAAACAUAAAGGUUUUGCAUUCGUAGAGUACGAAAUACCCGAAGCAGCGCAACUUGCGCUUGAGCAAAUGAAUGGAGUUACUAUUGGUGGACGAAAUAUCAAGGUAGCUGGUCGUACUAAUUUCCCGAAUAACCUGUCCUUGAAAAAUCCUAAUGAAUCCAUGGAGGUCGUUGGGCGUCCAUCCAACAUGCCUCAAGCUCAAUCGGUCAUUGAUGAAAUCACAGAAGAAAGUAAACACUACAAUCGCAUUUACGUAGCGUCAAUCCAUCAAGAUCUCACGGAGGAUGAUAUCAAGUCAGUCUUCGAGGCGUUUGGUCCCAUCACCUAUUGCAAACUUGCUCAAAGCAGCUCGCCUCAUCGUCAUAAGGGCUAUGGUUUCAUCGAAUACGAGACCAUGCAAUCGGCUCUUGAAGCUAUAUCAUCGAUGAACCUAUUCGAUCUUGGAGGACAAUUUUUACGCGUAGGACGAGCAAUUACACCACCUAACGCGUUGAUGGGACCACCAACUGGUAACAGCAUGAUGCCAACAGCAGCAGCUGUGGCUGCCGCAGCGGCUACUGCUAAAAUUCAAGCUAUGGAUGCAGUGGCAAGCAACGCUGUUGCAUUGGGAUUAAAUAAAUUAGGCGCUGCUGCGACGCCAUUGAUAAACUCUGUAAUACCCAUAGCUAGACCUACACUUGCAUCCGCUCCUCUUCUUGCCUCUUCUACCCCAGUACCUACUGUUGCUCCACUAAUUCCACCACCAGGCAUUGCUAUUCCACAAGCUUUGAGUAAGCCAGCAGCUAUUAUUCCUGCUAUACCUGGACAAUCUGUGGUUAUUCCACCACCAACAGUUGUAACACCUACAGCCAUUGGGCAAACUAUACCAAUUCCAGUACCAGUGUCCCAGCCAGCAGUAACGUCUACAGCUUCUCUCAUUGCACCAACUUCAGGUCCAGAAGCCAUGAAACGAGCGCAAGAACAAGCUGUUGCGAAACAGCAAGAAGAGCUACAAAAAAAAUUAUUAGAAGAAGCUGAGCCACAAACACUUCAGCAGCAAGAAAAUAUGUCUAUUAAAGGGCAGAGUGCACGUCAUCUGGUAAUGCAAAAGCUUAUGCGUAAGGUAGAAUCUCGCGUCGUAGUUUUACGUAAUAUGGUCUCGCCCGAGGACGUCGAUCAAACGUUACAAGAAGAAAUCCAAGAUGAAUGCUCCAAAUUCGGUGUAGUUGAAAGAGUUAUAAUCUAUAACGAAAAACAGUCGGAAGAUGAAGACGAUCCCGAGGUUAUUGUCAAAAUUUUCGUUGAAUUUUCACAAAUGGGAGAGGCUGAAAGAGCAAGAGAUGUACUUAAUGGACGUUAUUUCGGCGGACGAAUGGUCAAAGGAGAAUUAUAUGAUCAAGAUCUAUAUGAUAAUCAUGACUAUUCAGGUUGAAGAAUUAGAAAGUAGUCCAGGAGCCAUUAACACUUUCUCCUAUGGCUGAAAAUGUAUUGGUUUCAAUAAUCCUCAAUUAUAUUAAUCCGUGGAAUUAAAUCGCAAGUGAUUUGACUUUUGAGAAAAUUGAGAAUAAAAUAUUAGGCUUAAAAAAUAAUUGACAACACAAUAUUAGGAUUGUAAAUUCUAUUUCAUACUCUAAUUUAUAUUUAGUGGUUUGUUUUUUAAGGGAAUGAAUGAUUUUAUUUUCAUAGUCGUUAGUCGAUAGAAAGUAUUUAGCACUUAAUCUUCUAUAUGUGAAUAUUGUUCACUGUUGCAGUAUGUUUACUGAUCAUUGUUAUGCAGACACGCUAUGAAUCAUGUACAUUAUAUAAUUGAUUGAAACUUAAAAUUAAUUCAAUUUGUUGACUUAAUUUUUUUUUCUUGAAUGCAUAGAACUAAGAUUUGUAAUUGGGAGAAUUUUUUUAUUAAGUUAAUUUAUAAUACAAAUAUCUCCUAGACUACGUUUUUUAUUAUCAUUAUUAAAUUAACUUAAUACAAAGCACUUGUUUGUAGAAAUGAAUGUACUGACUAUAACCAACGUACCACAUUUAUGAGUGAAAGAAAGUUGUUUAUUUGAAUGCUUCAAAUAAGAUAUUUGUAUAAAUAAUUUUUUGCGGAAAGUAAAAAUUGCAUCAUCUUUGAAAAAUUAGCUUGGUGAAUUUACGUUUAUAAAAUGUUAGCUUUAGAACAUGUUCAUCAAUAAAAAAAAAAUACUAAAUGA